GGCUCAAUGAUCUUGCCCAGGUGGGGUGUGAAACAUCUUCAGGCGGGGUGACUACUUGUCGGCGGACGGCAGGGGGACCACUGCAUAUGGGGCAAGGAAGGAGCCUCGGAGGCGAUCAAAAGCUUCUCGUAGCAUGGCUUGGAAAAAGUUGUUCCUUAUCGGACCGAUGGAAGUGAAUGCCUGGACGGCUGGCUCCAAUGGCCCUACCGAGAUGUGCGGGGUGAUUCCCAAGAUUAACGUGCGGAUCACGAGCCAGGAGAUCAAAGGCGAGUGCGCGAUGGCGCGAAGAAGGACGUUCCUUGAGGAACGUCCCUUGGGCAUUGAACCACCUAGGGAAGUACCGGGUGGGGUAGAGGUUAGCCUGCCGGCGGCAAGUGAAGGCUGGCACCAGGUGGCAGAUUGGGUCGGGGUCGAGCUUGCGGAAAAUAUGGUUUACUUGGUGACGAAAGUUGAGUGGCAUGCGGCCGAGAAUGGGGAAUGGAACCCGGACCCACGGGGGCACGUGCGUGCAGAAGGACGGUUGUAUGUGUCGGAAAACGGAUGGAGGGAGUUCGGAGUUCGGCUGGCAUCAGGAGAAGACCCGUUGAGCAUGUUUGAAGGGGCAUGGCAGUUAGUAUGGCAAGCGGGAUUUGAGUUCGCAGAUCCGGGGGUUGACGAUGUGACAGCGGACCUUAGGGUAGCCAUGGUUGGGAGUUUUGAAUUGCCUAGUGAAAUCGGAAAUGACAAUGAGACGCGCCCGGAUGCCGCGGCGACCCAUGCACCCGCGACCACCCACGGAAAACAGAGGUGGAUGGGAGGUGUCACUCCCAGCAGGCUAAGCGAUUCAAGGAUUGGAUGCCGAAUGGAGAGUCGUGACCCUGGGAAGAGGACAGGCGUUCAUGAUGGUGGAAUGUUUGUGGGAUGGCUAGGUAAAGAAAUGGCGAUGGAGGAAGGGAUCAAUGACCAGCAGAGCGGAGGGAAUCAGGGCACGAAUGGGGAUGGGGAGCGAAACGAGGGAUCAGCCAGGGAUCGAGAGUCAGCCAAACUGGAGGGGACUCGAGAAGACGGAAAGGACGCCUCAAUUGGAGAAAGCUCGGGGAAAGUUGGGGGUAGCAAAAGAGGACCUCAAGAAAACAGGGAAGGGGGAAACGAUAUGAGAACAAGUCCUCGGAACUCAGCAGGAGCCACCCCUAAAAAGACGAAAGUCUUGGAUACCAGUCAUAAACUGGCAGAGAUAGAGAAGCGGACCGCGGAAUGUAAGGCAAAACUUAUUGAGCAGAUGAUGGCCGGGGAUGAGGAGGACCCCCAGGACGCAGGGUCACGUGAGGGAAGCGGGACCGGUCAGGAUGAAGCUAGGUAUGAGGGGAAGGAUAAUAGUCACAAAGGAACGCCUAGCAAGAAGGGAAAGGACAAGAGCGACCCCCAUGCGGAAGGAACGGAAAACGCUAUGACCCCACCCGCCAUUGACAGCGGCACUAGCAGACUACCCGCCACACCGAAAGUAACAGGGGCGUGCGACGGACUCUGGAGCCUUAGGGAGAGCGUGCUAGGAUGGUUCGACCCAGAAGGAACACCGAAAAUCAGGGAAAGGCAGAGGGAAAGCAAGAAGGGGAAGGAACCAGUGCAGCCGGGGAAGCGGGUGGCUCCGAAGACGGUCUCAAGAAAGAGGCGAUUUAUCCUAAGGAUCGAUCCCACUAACGUUGUCGGAGCCCUAAAGAACUACAAGCCCAUAGACCCGACUGUUGGCAGAUGGAUAGGCUUCAUAUGGCAAUUCGACUAUAAGGUCGAGCGAAUUGCAGGGUUUCGAAAUAGGGCAGAUGAGCUGAGCAGGGUUUGUAUUACGCCAGAAGGAGUAGAGGACGCAGAACCAAUUGAUGCCUUCCUGGAGUACGAAGGAGGGACCCUUGUCGUAGAUAAUGAGAUGGCAGAUCCGGCAAUUACAACAGGACAGUUGCUGAUUCAGAUCUUGGAAAAGGGCGCACCUGCGGUAGUUGCAGAACUCAGGGAAGGACCAGUCACCAUGGUCAGGCGUAAAGAGGAAAAAGACUCGUGGGGAGCGGAAGUGGGGGCCAGAGAGGAAUUGAUGGCAAUGGCCGUGGAAGGGGGACGGGACCUAGGCGCAGAAGGAGUAUCAGCUGGAGAAUCAAGCUCCAAGAAGAGGAAGUUAUACGUGGGAUUUGACCAUAAUCUGGUGGUAAACACGGGGGGCAGGAAACAAGGAACCAGAGGGCCGUCACCUCUAAGGGAAGGGGAGCCAAUAGAGCUGCCUUCAGACAGUGAUCCUAGCAGUGAGGAAGAUGGGAACCCAGAGGAGGGACAACGGCCGGGGGAAAAUGACCCAGUGGAGUUCAUCGACCUCACCAGCGAUGAGGACGAAGAUGAAGUGACAACGCCCACAAGGGAAGAAUGGGGAAGAGGGGAGCAGUCGGGUGAGAAAAAGGAUAAAUGGAUAGAAGAGUUCGGGUACGAGUUCAAAGAUUGGUUCGAUCAAUGGGGUACUAUCCUACGAUACCAGUGGAUCAUGAAGGCAAGGGAAAAGCUGGGCAGGGGAGAAGACUUAUCCCCAACAACCUUCUUCUCAGAAGGAACGCUCCUUCAAUUCCAAGCAAUAAAGAGGCUAAUGGAGCAGGAAGGACAGAAUCGCGCAAGGAGGGAGGCUCAACGCAGGCCACCUGGACAUUAGGGGAAUAGCAGGUGCAAUGGGGGGGGGGGUGUAACUAGAAAUUGGGAAGGGCUGGUACCUGGGUAGGGACAACUGCCAUUUUGAAUUUCGCAUUUGAACUCUGCCAAAUGGACUGAAAUGAGGCAACUUUUGACUAAAGUCCGGACAAUGGGUGCUACUUCGUGUAAGUCGUUGCUUUUUUGGGAAACUACAUAAGGAUCAGUGCACUUAGAUAUAGAACUGUGACGGGUUGCGUUGGCUAAGAGUAAGUAAGGGGAAAACAAGGGGGAUUUAGAUGAGACGAGUCUAUAAUGUUAUCAUUGCAUUCGAACUUUGUCUCCUUUUUCUUGGGAAGGACUGUAAUGAAACUACUUUUUGGAC